AUGGUAACGCCAUGGCGCAAGAAUUGCAGCGCGACCCAUGGUCUCCCUCACAAGCUCGCGCGCACCGCCGGUAAAGGCAUCGCACGCCUCUUCCUCAUGUCUCUCACAUACGCUACCGAGAGGCAGGUCGCCGUCGCCGCCGUACGGCGGGCCUGUGCCCUCACCUCGUCCGUAUUCAACAAGCUCGUCAGAAACGAGACGCUGACAAAGGACGAUAAGAGCCCGGUCACAGUUGGCGAUUUCUCGGCGCAAGCGGUGAUCAACACGAUCCUCGGGCGCGCCUUCCCCUCGGACGCCAUCGUCGGCGAGGAGGACUCGGCAGACCUGCGCGCCCCCUCGGGCGAGGCUCUGCGGAGCCGCGUAGUCGCGCUCGCACACGACGCGCUCACAUCAGAGCUCGAGCCCGGAGAACAAGAAGCAUGGGGGAUCGGCCCAGCCCACUCACACACCGCGGACGAGCUCAUGGACGCGAUCGACCGCGGCAGCCACCCCGGCGGUCGCGCAGGACGUGCGCGCGCUUCCUCUAUACGUGCUCUGCCCCGGACUGACUCUAUGCGCCGUGCGCGCCGUGCAGGGAUGUGGACGCUGGACCCGAUCGACGGCACGAAGGGCUUCUUGCGGGGCGAGCAGUACGCGGUCUGCCUCGCGCUCGUCGUCGACGCGCGUGUCGAGCUCGGCGUCAUCGGCUGCCCGAACUUGCCCGCCUCUUCCUCCUCCUCCUCCGACGCGGCCGCCCCGCGCGGGUGCAUCGUCGUCGCCGUGCGCGGACACGGCGCGCACCAGCUCCCGCUCGCCGCGCCGCUCUCUGCUGCGGGCACGCGGCUCGCGAUCCCCACGCUCGGCGCGGCGGAGCUGAGCCUGCUGGAGAGCGUCGAGAAGGCGCACGCGAAGCUGUCGUUCAACGCGCGCGUCGCGCGGGUGCUGGGCGUCACGCGCCCGCCGACGCGGAUGGACAGCCAGGCGAAGUAUGCCGCGCUCGCGCGGGGGGACGGCGGGGUGUACCUCCGCAUGCCGACGGGCACGGGGUACCGCGAGAAGAUCUGGGACCACGCGCCUGGGUCGGUGUUGAUUGAGGAGGCGGGUGGUGUGGUCACCGAUUCGCGCGGGCAGCCCCUAGAUUUUGGCUUGGGCAGGACGCUGGGGGAAAACUUUGGGGUGGUAGCUGCGGGAAAGGAGGUGCACUCGAAGGUGUUGGAGGCCAUCCGUGUCGCUCAAGAAGAGGAGGCACGAGAAGAGGCGCAGGAGCAAAAGCUGUAA